CGUUUGUUUACCUUACACUGCUGAGGUGGUUAACCAUUACCUAUUUUGCCGUGUUUUCUUAUGGAUCCGUGAUACGAACAGGACAUUACAGUCUGAAAUGCAGAAUGCAGUCCUUCAGGACCUCCUUUCAUUGAAAACAGCUUUGGUUAUUUUUUAUCAUGAAAGAGUGGAGCACACCACACUUGAAAGUCAUUCUUAUUGGAAACUCUGGAGUGGGAAAGUCUUCAUUUAUGAGCCGGUUUGUCCACCAUCGCUUUACUAACUUGUAUCGUGCCACAAUCGGGGUAGAUUUCCUUACGAAAGAAAUCACUAUUGAUAAAAGAUCAGUAAUUCUUCAGAUCUGGGACACUGCAGGAACAGAGAGGUUUCACUCUCUGGGUACCACACUGUAUCAUGGAGCUCACUGCUGCCUUCUAGUGUUUGAUGUUACCUCAUCCGUCUCCUUUGACGCACUAGACGUCUGGAAGAAAGAGUUCCUGGUGCAGGCAUGUCCCUCGGACCCCUCUGCAUUCCCUUUCAUAGUGCUCGGCAAUAAAAUUGACCUGGAUUAUCGUGAGGUGUCUUCUAGCAAAGCCCAGCACUGGUGCAGUGAAAUCGGAGCUGAAUAUUUUGAAUGUAGUGCCAAGGAAGACAUUGGCGUGGACACAACUUUUCACAGUGCAGCACGAGCAGCCCUGCAGUAUCUCAUAAGACACCAUGUGGAAAAUGGAGAAGACAUCCAGAUUACACAGAAACAACAGGAGAAGCAGCCAAAUAAAAAAUGCUAUUGUUGAAGCAAGGAAAAAAACUGCUGUGCUACUCUUCGGUGUUAAGGCCCGUUCACACCAAGGAGGAUAAUUAUGAUAACUAACAAUAAAUGUUCUUGUUCUGAGACAAAUGAAGUCUACAACUGCAAUGAGAAUAACUACACAGAAGAACGAUAUCUUUGGAAUCACUUUCAGAACUUGAUCUUCAAAACUACAAAUCACUUUUUUUUUCCAGCUGAUGAAUGCUAAAAAAUUUUUUGGAGUCAAUCAGAAUCCACCUAACUUUAAAGAGCUUGAUUAUUUAAAGUGGCGGGCGAUAACUGCAGUGCGUGAUAAUAAUUAUGUUGUCCAUUGGUGUGGAUGUUAAUUAAGUUAUGGUUUUCAGUGUGAAUGGGCAUUUAAUAUAUGGAAUUAUUAGGUUCCUGAUAGGUUUGCUGAAUUUUUAUUUAUUUAUUGUAAAACUAGGUGCAAAUGCACACCAUUUUAAAACACACUUGAUGGAAAUACAAGGAAAAAUUUAGAUGCAAAAGUACAAUGCCCAGUUUCACCAAGUUGAAAAUGUCAAGCUGCUAAGACUAUUUUACAUUUUUGUGAAAGGUUUAAACAAAAUGUUUCUCGUCAUAAAAUGUCUAGUUGACUAAAACGCUAUUUUCAUUUACUAAAACUAGCCAUUUUAGUCUGUGUAAAACAAAUUAAAGGAUAUUUUCCAAUUGAUCUUGAUUAAUGUACGUGUAAAAAGACAUGAAAAUAAAACCUCAUUAACUACUUCAUUUAAAUACUAUAUGCUGGGAUAGAAUUCCUUUAUUUCAACUGAAAUAGCUCCAUAUUAAAUGCAAACGAGUCAACUGGCUUAUCUAUUCAGCUUUCUGAAAAGUGUUCCAUCAAAUAUAGUUACUCAAAUUCACAAAAAUUCUGGAAGACACUGGGGUGGACAAAAUCUCAGGAUGUGCGGCAUGAAGCUAAAGAAAUUAGUCAACAUUAAUCAGGGAGACAGUUAAUAUUUCGGUUUCUUUUAUAAGUCAAGACAAAAAAGGCAAUCAGGAGAUGACCAACAUGUAAAAACGUUGUACAGGUAAAUAUAUAAAAGGCCAGGACAUCAUCUUCACUUCUUGCAUUAUGAAUGAACUAUAUUACAGUCGAAUCCGAACUUGGCUUUCACCAAGAGUUACCCACAUGAAGACAUACAGGUAUACACUGAACAUUUAGUUUGCAUACCUCUCAGAUAAUCAAAGGUGG